AUGAGAUUAUCAGAACAAAUUUACAAAAUAGCUGCAAUAUACUGGGAUCAAGUACAGGGUCUUAAAGCAGAAGUUAUGGAAAAUCUUACAAUUAUUGAUAAAUGGACUACCGAAAGAACUGGUGAUUUCUGUGAAAACAAGAAUAAUGAUCAUUACCGCUGA